AUGGUACCUAAGCAGGCUUCAUGGGUAAACCAGAAAAUCUUCAAAGCCAAGAAGUAUUUUGAAGAAGAUGGCUAUUCAGAAGAAGAUGUAAUCAGAAUGCAGCACUUCAAAGUCAAAGAGAUGUACUUGAAGAAAAGAGGACAAUACACCAAAGUGACAUGGAGGAGGAUCAUCUGGAAUAAUGCAAGCUUACCAAAAUGGAUCUUUGUGGGCUUUCUGGCAGCUCACAGACGACUCCAAACAAGAGAUAGACUGAAAGCUUGGGGAUGUGUUGAAGAAGAGACAUGUCCACUGUGCAAAGCAGAAGCAGAGAACAUAGACCAUCUAUUCUUCAUGUGCCCAUUCUCAAUGAAAAUAUGGGUUACAAUGCUCAGAUGGAUGAAAAUAAAUAGACCAGUUAUGGAUUGGAAUCAUGAACUAACAUGGGCAGAACAACAUUGUGGUGGAAAAGCAAAGGCUGAGAUCUAUAGAAUGACACUGACUGGAAGCAUAUACUACAUUUGGCAAGAAAGGAACUCAAGAAUCUUCAAAGGAGUGGAAAGCAAUGCUGAAGCAAUCACAAGAAGUUUAGUGCAAGACAUCCAUGGCAGGGGAAUAGGAGAGUCAGGCUUAAAUGCAUAG